AAAGAGUCCUUUUUUUUUUCUUUUUUAGCACAUUGGACUACCCAUACAUGUAGCUGAGAUGAGGGCCCUGGAGAGAAGGAAAGCGGACAUACUGAAGGUUCAAUCGUAGAGCUAACAAAGGAUGUCCUGGUUCUAGCUUGGGUCAUGCUCAAGUGUCUCUGAACUUAGCUAUGUUAGGUAUAAAGAAGAAGUACUACGUUAAAGAAGAACUGAGUGAUGAGAAGGCUUCGAUGUCUGGAAGAAUGAAAAGGAGUAAUGAGAAUCAUCAGAGCAGCUUCUGUGUUAGGUCAGAGCUACACAAACCUUUUACAGGAACGCCUUGGCGGCCCGUGAAGAAGAAAGCUGCAGCUUCUACCGUGAUCGCCGUGUUCCUCUUCGUUAUUGGUGUGCUAGUUUGCGUUGGUUGGAUUGAUGCUUCCAUCUUUUCAGGUGUUUCUUCUUGUCAAAAUUUAAUUCUCGGUUCCAAUUCCACAAACGCAAGAAACAAGCCGGAGUUCCCACUCAAAUGCUCGACAGGAAACCGGACACAAACGUGUCCAAGGGACUAUCCUACCACACACAAUCCAACCAAUCCUGGCCCUUCAUCAAAAAUUACAUGCCCAUCAUUCUUCCGAUGGAUCCACGAAGAUGUACGGCCAUGGAAGGAGACAGGAAUCAGCAGAGACAUGAUCGAGCGGGCACGCAGGACAGCACAUUUCAGGCUGGUGAUUGUGAAGGGGAGAGCGUACGUAGAGAAAUAUAGGAAGUCAAUACAGACCAGAGAUAUGUUCACCUUGUGGGGAAUAUUACAGCUUCUAAGGAAGUACCCUGGAAGAUUGCCAGACCUGGAGCUGAUGUUUGAUUGUGAUGAUCGCCCUGUUGUUCGGUCGAAGGAUUUUCAGGGUCCAAAUGCUCGCCCACCGCCAUUGUUUCGGUAUUGUGCGGAUGAAUUGAGCCUGGACAUUGUGUUCCCGGAUUGGUCCUUUUGGGGCUGGGCUGAGACCAAUAUAAGGCCUUGGAGAAAUGUUUUGCAGGAGAUAAAGAAAGGUAACCGGAGGACGGAAUGGAAGGACAGGGUGCCUUAUGCUUAUUGGAGAGGAAACCCCACCGUGGCUCCUACCAGGAAGGACCUCAUGAAGUGCAAUGUUACCGACACAGAUAACUGGAAUACCCUCCUUUACAUUCAGGAUUGGACCAAGGAAUCUAAACAUGGGUACAAACAAUCAAAUCUAGAGGACCAGUGCACCCACAGAUAUAAGAUAUAUACAGAAGGAUGGGCCUGGUCCGUGAGUGAAAAAUAUAUUCUGGCAUGUGAUUCGAUGACCUUGUACAUAAGGUCUCGUUUCUAUGAUUUCUUCAUCAGGGGCAUGAUGCCAUUGCAGCACUACUGGCCCAUUAGAGAAAACAGCAAGUGCACAUCUCUCAAGUUUGCGGUGGAAUGGGGUAACGUUCACCCUGACAAGGCACAGGCCAUUGGAGAGGCUGCCGGCAACUUCAUACAAGAGGAUCUAAAGAUGAAUAAUGUAUAUGAUUACAUGUUUCAUUUAUUAAGUGAAUACGCCAAGCUCUUGAAAUUUAAACCCGAAAUUCCUCCGGGCGCUGUCGAGCUCUGUUCGGAAACAAUGGCAUGUCCUGCAAGUGGCACGUGGAAGGACUUCAUGGUAGAAUCCAUGGUGAUGUCUCCUAGUGAUACAAUUCCAUGCGCAAUGCCUCCACCUUAUGAACCCCAAGAGCUGCGAGAAUUCCUUGAAAGAAAAUCUAAUUCAACGAGGCAAGUGGAGAUGUGGGAAAACGAUUAUUGGCGUAGUAUAGAUAAAAAGCAAUAAAGCCAAAACUUGUACCUUUUCUUACUUAAAACAAGCAAACAUCCUCUGUAGACAAAUUUAUGUCAACUUUACUAAAUGAUCCAAACAAAAUUCAGUGUC